UGCCACGAAGAGAUACAGAUCUUCAGACUGUAAGCAGGAAUAAGCCUUCUUUUCUGUGAACUGCUUUUGNCAGGGUUAUUUUAUCCCAGCAACAGAAAAGGAAACCACCUGAGGAAGAAGCAGGAGCCCGACUGAACUGAAGAAAAAUGGCAGCCCAGGGAGAAGCCUUUGAGGAGAUAAUUUGUGAGUUUGACGAUGACUUGGUCUCUGAGCUCUCUACUCUUCUCAGAGUGGAUGCACUCUCAGUCUUAAAGAGACAACAAGAAGAAGACCAUAAAGAACGGAUGAAAAUGAAGAAAGGUUUUAACUCACAGAUGCGCAGUGAAGCCAAACGACUAAAGACUUUUGAGACCUAUGACACGUUCAGAUCAUGGACGCCACAGGAGAUGGCAGCUGCUGGAUUUUACUACACAGGCGUGAAACAUGGGGUUCAGUGCUUUUGCUGUAGCUUAAUCCUCUUUUCCACCAGACUCGGGAAACUUCCCAUAGAGAACCACAAGAAAUUACGACCAGAGUGUGAGUUCCUUCUGGGCAAAGAUGUUGGUAACAUUGGCAAGUAUGACAUCCGCGUGAAGAGUCCAGAGAAGAUGCUGAGAGGUGGCAAAGCCAGGUACCAUGAAGAGGAGGCCAGACUGGAGUCCUUUGAGGACUGGCCAUUUUAUGCCCAUGGGACAUCACCACGUGUACUCUCAGCAGCUGGCUUUGUCUUUACAGGUAAAAGGGACACUGUGCAGUGUUUCUCCUGUGAUGGAAGCUUGGGCAACUGGGAAGGAGGAGAUGACCCCUGGAAGGAGCAUGCCAAGUGGUUCCCCAAAUGUGAAUUUCUUCAAAGUAAGAAGACCCCAGAGGAAAUUACCCAAUAUGUACAAAACUAUGAAGGAUUUCUUCAUGUUACGGGAGAACAUUUUGUGAAUUCCUGGGUCAGAAGAGAAUUACCUAUGGUGUCAGCUUACUACAAUGACAGUGUCUUCGCUAAUGAAGAACUAAGGAUGGACACGUUUAAGGACUGGCCCCAUGAAUCACCUGUGGCUGUUGAAGCUCUGGUCAGAGCAGGUCUUUUCUACACAGGCAAAAGGGACAUUGUCCGGUGUUUUUCUUGUGGAGGAUGUAUAGAAAAGUGGGAAGAAGGUGACAACCCAAUAGAAGAUCACACCAAGUAUUUUCCUGACUGUGUGUUUCUUCAAACCCUGAAGUCCUCUGCAGAAGUGAUUCCAGCCCUUCAGAGCCACUGUGCACGUCCAGAAGCCAUGGAAACCACAAGUGAAAGCAACCACGAUGAUGCUGCAGCAGUUCAUUCUACUGUAGUGGACUUGGGUCAGAGUGAAGCUCAGUGGUUUCAAGAGGCCAGGAGUCUGAGUGAGCAGCUGAGAGACACCUACACCAAAGCCACUUUCCGCCACAUGAACUUGCCAGAAGUGUGCUCCAGCCUCGGCACUGACCACUUGCUGGGCUGCGAUGUGUCCAUCAUUUCAAAGCACNUCAGUCGGCCUGUGCAAAGGGCCCUGACGAUCCCCGAGGUCUUCUCCAAUCUCAGCUCUGUCAUGUGUGUGGAGGGGGAAACUGGCAGUGGGAAGACAACCUUCCUGAAGAGGAUAGCUUUUCUCUGGGCAUCAGGAUGCUGCCCCCUGUUGAACAGGUUCCAGCUGGUCUUCUACCUCUCCCUUAGGUCCAUCACAGCAGACCAGGGACUGGCCAGCAUCAUCUGUGCCCAGCUCCUAGGGGCAGGAGGCUGCAUUAGUGAAGUGUGUCUGAGCAUCCUCAUCCAGCAGUUACCUCAGGAUGUGGCACUUUUCAAGGCCUACAUGCAGUACCUGUCCUCAAUGCGCAAAGCUGCAGCUGAGCCUCUCCAGGCCACCGUGUCCUCAUGUGGGCAGCUGGCCUUGACAGGGCUUUUCUCAUCGUGCUUUGAGUUCAAUAGUGAUGACCUGGCAGAGGCAGGAGUUGAUGAAGAUGAAGAGCUCACCACCUGCUUGAUGAGCAAAUUCACCGCCCAGAGAUUGAGACCGGUCUACCGGUUUUUAGGUCCUCUGUUCCAGGAGUUUCUUGCUGCCAUGAGGCUGACUGAACUCCUGGGUUCAGAUAGGCAGGAAGACCAAGAUCUGGGACUUUAUUAUUUGAGACAAAUUAACUCACCUGUAAAGGCUAUGAGCAUCUACCACACUUUUUUCAAAUAUGUCUCCAGCCACCCUUCAUCAAAGGCAGGGCCAACAGUUGUAUCUCAUUUGCUUCAGUUGGUGGACAAGAAAGAGGCACUGGAGAACAUGUCUGAAAAUGAGGAUUACAUGAAGCUCCAUCCCGAAGCUUUGCUGUGGAGUCAGUGUCUUAGAGGACUGUGGCAGCUGUCUCCUGAAUCUUUUUCUUUGUUCAUUUCAGAAAACUUACUGCGCAUUGCUCUAAACUUUGCUCAUGAGAGCAACACAGUUGCUGCAUGUUCUCCAGUCAUUUUGCAGUUCCUUCAAGGAAGAACACUGGAUUUGAAUGUCUUGAGUUUACAGUACUUUGGGGACCAUCCAGAAACCUUGUUGUUAUUGAAGAGUAUUAAGGUCUCAUUAAAUGGAAAUAACUGGGUACAGAGAAUCAAUUUGUCACUCAUGGAAAAAUCUUUUGAAAAACUACAGCCACCAACUAUAGAUCAGGACUAUGCCUUUGCCUUUCAACCUAUGAAUGAAGUCCAGAAAAAUUUAGCUGAAAAGGAGCACGUAAUAAAGAAGUAUGAGGAUAUGAAGCACCAUAUCCCACUAAAUAUUAGUACUGGCUAUUGGAAACUGUCCCCCAAGCCAUACAAGAUCCCUAGGCUGGAAGUUGGAGUGGGUAACAUGGGUCCAGCAGACCAAUCACUGCUCCAGGUCCUCAUGGAAGUCUUCUCAGCNUCACAGAGUAUUGAGUUCCGUUUAUUCAACAGCAGUGGCUUUCUUGAAAGCAUCCGCCCAGNUCUGGAGCUGAGUAAGACCUCUGUCACCAAGUGCUCCAUGUCCAGGCUGGAGCUCAGUGGAGCAGAACAGGAGCUGCUUCUCAGCCUGCCUGCCCUGCAGUCUCUUGAGGUCUCAGAAAUAAACCAGAUUCCAGAUCAGCUCUUUCCUAACUUGCACAAGUUCCUGGGCCUGAAAGAACUGUGUGUGAGACUAGAUGGCAAACCGAAUGUGCUCUCAGUCCUUCCUGAAGAGUUCCCAAACCUCCACCACAUGGAGAAGUUAUCCAUCCGAACCUCCACGGAGUCUGACCUCUCCAAACUAGUUAAAUUCAUCCAGAACUNUCCAAAUCUCCAUGUUUUCCAUCUGAAAUGUAAUUUCCUUUCAAAUUGUGAGUCUCUCAUGACUGCGCUUGCUUCCUGCAAGAAACUCAGAGAGAUUGAGUUUUCUGGACUAUGCUUUGAAGCCAUGCCCUUUGUCAACAUUUUGCCAAAUUUUGUUUUUCUGAAGAUAUUGAAUCUUAGAGACCAACAAUUCCCAGAUAAGGAAACAUCAGAAAACUUUGCCCAGGCUCUGGGUUCUCUCAGGAACCUGGAGGAACUGCUUGUUCCCACUGGGGACGGGAUUCACCAAGUGGCCAAACUGAUUGUCUGGCAGUGUCUGCAGCUUCCGUGCCUCCGAGUCCUUGUCUUUGCGGAGACUUUGGAUGACGACAGUGUGCUGGAAAUUGCCAAGGGAGCAGCCAGGGGAGGCUUCCAAAAACUUGAGAACUUAGACCUUACACUGAAUCACAAGAUUACCGAGGAAGGAUACAGAAAUUUCUUUCAAGUCCUGGACAACCUGUCAAACCUGAAAAACCUGGACAUUUCCAGACAUAUCCCAGAAUGCGUUCAAAUUCAGGCCACCACUGUCAAGGCCCUGGCUCAGUGUGUGUCCCGACUGCCCAGCCUCACCAGGCUCGGGAUGCUCAGUUGGCUUCUGGAUGAAGAGGACAUAAAAGUGAUUAAUGAUGUGAAGGAAAGACACCCCCAGUCCAAGCGCUUGACUGUUCACUGGAGGUGGGUAGUCCCAUUCUCUCCUGUCAUUCAGAAGUAAAGGACGAAGUGGAAGAUUACUGGCAGGUCUAAAAACCCGACUUUCUAAUAUACUUCACUCUAGAGAGGCAUGUUGCAGUCCUAGUACUUAAGAGACUGAGCAGGAUGGUCAAGAGUUUGAGUCCGGGGCUGGAGAGAUGGCAGAGC